AUGGAUCUUGGACUUGGCCUCCAAGGCGAUGUGGUGGUGGUGACAGGAGCAGGUGGUCAAAUAGGCCAGGUCAUAGUCGAAGCCUUUCUGAGCGCUGGCUGUUUCGUCGGCGGCUUUGACAUCGACAAGUCCAAGUUUGUCAAGGAGCAUGACAAUCUCUUCUGGGUUGCGGUCGACACCACCGACGAAGAGGGCAUGAUUGCCGCAUGGAAAAGCGUCGAGGAGCGGUUUCAUGCGACUCCGACGAUUUGCGUCUGCGCAGCUGCAGUUGAUCUCAGCUUCAUCGAGCAUCAUUCAUCUAUUACCAAGAUGCCGGCCAGUCAAUUUCGCAGAACUCUCGAUAUAAACACAACAGGAACUUUUAUAACGGCAAAAAUAUGGCUUCAACACGUGGAGAUGGUGAUCAAGAGGAGUGAUGCGAGACCAAACGGCGUAAAUGGCUCGCAUACAACAACAUCGAUAUUAUCAGACAACAAAACAAAAAACAUCUCGUUGAUAAUCAUCGGUUCAGAGGCUGGAGACUUUGGAGUCGUCGGCAACCCAGACUAUGCAGCAAGCAAAGCUGCAGUUCAAUUCGGUCUCGUACUAUCUCUAGCUCCAGAUGCUGCUCGAGUUCACCCAUCGGCGAGAGUCAAUUCCAUUUCCCCUGGAGCUGUAGAUACCCAGAGAUUCAGUGUAGAGUGCGCAGAGGACAGCUCCGGUGCGCUUAGGUGGAUCGAGUCCGAAGCGACGGUUCCUCAGAAGAAGGCGGUGGAUGUAGAGGGUAUUGCCAAGAUGUGUUUGGUGCUGGCGAGUGAGAAGUGGUCUCCUUCAGUUACUGGCCAGAAUUUAAGGCUGAAUGGCGGGAAGAGCGGGAAGCUUUUCUGGAGUCAGAAUGGUGAUGCUUUGUGGUGA